CAGCAAAGACCUGUUUCCUCAAGAUCUGGCAAGAGGCUUGAUCAAAUUUAUGGGUGAAAGAAGGUCAUGAGCUCUGCAGAUGAAGGAAACACCAAUUCCUCAAAACCUUCAAUCUAGCAGUGGCAAAGGAAGCUUCAAUUCUCACCAUGUACUGCCCGGAGAAAACCUAAAAACUGAGAAGCAACAUAAGUCUAAACUUGCCCUCAAAUAUAUCAGGGCUGUAGCCAAGGGGAUUGUUGGAAUUUUCGGAGUAGCUCUCUUUAGAAAAAAGAAAAAGACGGCAGAUGAUGACAACAAAACUAGCAGCCAAAUCAGAAAUACUUCCUUUUCUAUAACAGAUUCAUCAGUAAGCACGGCUAAGAGUUUGGCGACGCUCAGGUCCUCUAUCUCCUAUGCCUCUUCCUCUGGUAAUGCUAGUGGACAGAUUGCAACAGUCAAUUUCUCCUUUGGAGAGAUUUCUAAGGCAACUGAAAAUUUCUCUCCUGCAAACAUAAUUGGGGAAGGAGGGUUUGGAACAGUUUAUAAAGGAAAGCUUAAGGACGGAUCUCUUGUUGCUAUAAAGCGAGCCAAAAAGGACUCAUACGAAAAAUCCCAAUGGUUUGAAUUUAGGAAUGAAAUACUUACGUUGUCAAAGAUAGAGCAUCUGAAUUUAGUAAGGUUAUUGGGAUAUCUGGAGCAUGGAGAUGAGAGGAUUAUUGUGGUUGAGUAUGUUGGAAAUGGAAACCUUCGAGAACAUCUAGAUGGUGUUAGGGGAAAUGGACUUGAAAUUGCUGAACGUCUGGACAUUGCAAUUGAUGUAGCUCAUGCGGUUACCUAUCUUCACAUGUACACAGAUACUCCAAUGAUCCAUAGAGAUAUAAAAGCAUCAAACGUCCUUGUCACAGAGAAACUUCGUGCCAAAGUGGCAGACUUUGGUUUUGCAAGACUUGCUUCAGGGGAUCCUGGUGCCACUCACAUAUCGACUCAAGUCAAAGGAACUGCUGGUUAUGUGGAUCCUGAAUACCUCAGAACAUAUCAACUCACUGAGAAAAGUGAUGUCUAUUCCUUUGGUGUAUUGCUUGUAGAAAUGAUGACUGGAAGAUACCCGAUAGAAUCAAAGAGGCCACUAAAGGAGAGAGUAACUACAAGAUGGGCAAUGCAGAGAUUAAAAGAAGGAGAAUUUGUGAUUGCAAUGGAUCCACGGCUAAGGAGGAGCCCUGCAUCGAAUGUAGUAGUACAGAAAGUUCUGAAGCUGGCUCAAGAUUGCCUUGCACCAUCAAGACAAUCACGACCAUCUAUGAACAAAUGUGCUGAGGUCUUGUGGGGGAUCCGAAAAGAUUUCCGGGAAGCAACCCUGAUCUCCUCUUCUUCAACAUCACACCAUUCUGCAACUCUUCCAAAUCGAGACAUUACAAAAGCCAGACAUCUAUUCGGGAUUGAAGACAACGAGAGCCAUGGAUUUAUUUCUGCAUAAAGCAAUGGUACAUGGAGAAAAUGUGGAAAUUAAGAGGCUAACUUUGUUAGUUUUUAAAUAAGAAUAUUAAUUUUGAUUUUUUUUUUUAAUUUAAAAGUAUCAACUUUCAAUAUUUU